AUGACUGAAAAGAAGACUGGUGAUAAUACCAUCUUAGUGAGAGCCAUGGAUAGGUUUCAUCGUAGGUUACAAGCCAUUAAUAGAUUGUUACCAGAAUGCAAUAUAAUGGAGCAAGGAACUGAUAUUGUUUCCAAGGCUGCCAAGGAUAGAGUACAUCACUAUAUCUGUAAAAUACAACAACACUUUGCUGACACACUUACUGAUGCCAGACAGUCUUUGUGUGCUCCAAGAUUACUUGCUAAACAAGAUGGAACAAAUCUGUCAGAUCUCCUAAAUACCAUGGCUUUGUCAAUAGUUGAUCAACUGAAACAAGUGUUAGCCAACUUACAAGCCUUUAUUGCCAAUGACAUCACUUUUGCCCAUACUCCCUAUUUCCGUGGUUCGUUCUGUAACAGAGAUGUACGAGAAGGAUUGGUUGUUGGCUUCAUAAGACACAUUAAUUCAAUAGCACAGGAUCUGUGUGAUGGUAGUGGUGAUAAGAGUUCGGCGCCUCCAGCAUUGCUAUUGUUAUUAUCUAGAUUAUUGCUGGACUUUGGAACAUCCACUAUUGGAUACCUGCUUUCCUGUGCUAAUGAACAAUUUAUGGUUGAUGAUAAAUCCAAAGUCACAUCUGUAACCGAGUUAUCAAAUGAAGCCAAAAACACUGCACAAAAAUUAUUGAAUCACUAUGUGAAAUUCCAAGGUCUUACAAUAUCUCAGAUGUUACGUAAAAGUGUUGAGACAAGGGAUUGGCUGAAUACGAUAGAGCCACGCAAUGUACGUGCUGUCAUGAAACGAGUGGUGGAAGACAUCACAUCAAUUGACAGUCAAGUAGGGCUAUUGUAUGAAGAAGGCAUGCGUAAAGCACACAGUAGUGACUCUAGUAAAAGAACAUUAAGCUAUAGUGCUGCUCGGCCACGAACCAGACACUCAAAUUACGCACCCUCUAACACCAUGGACACUAGUUUACUCAGUAAUAUUCAGAAGUUAUUCUCAGAAAGAAUAGAAAUAUUCAGUGCUGUUGAAUUUUCUAAAGUGUCUGUCUUAACUGGGAUUAUCAAGAUAAGUCUCAAA